AUGCCGUCUGUGCACUCUAGCCCCUUCUACCACAUGGAGAACUCGGCUAUAUUGAAUUUUCUCCGGCAUAGUCACACCCCGGGCCAAAAACGUUCAUCAAAGUCCUCAUCCGGAGGCCUCCUCAAGAUGUUCAAACUCUUCCCCAUGUUGACAUCAGGCUGCAAAAUGGUGGCCUUGUUGGGAAGACCCCGAAAGCCUUUACUUAAGGACAAUGCCACCACAGGUACAAUUUUCGGGUAUCGAAAAGGCAGGGUAAGCCUGGCCAUACAAGAAGACCCUCAUUGCAUGCCACUCUUUGUGAUAGAGCUGCCAAUGCACAGUAGUGUGUUCCACAAGGAAAUGGCAUCGGAUAUAGUCCGAAUCGCGCUGGAGAGCGAGACCAAGACGAACAAGAAGAAGCUGCUGGAGGAGUUCGUUUGGGCUGUGUAUUGUAAUGGAAGAAAGGUGGGGUAUUCGAUUCGGAGGAAGCAAAUGUCAGAGGAUGAGCUUCAUGUUAUUCAGACUUUGAGGGGUGUUUCAAUGGGGGCAGGGGUGCUUCCAAGCCCGUCCGAAAAAGAAUAUGCAUCAGAUGGGGAACUGACCUACAUAAGGGCAAGGUUUGAGAGGGUUGUUGGAUCAAAGGACUCCGAGGCUUUGUACAUGAUCAAUCCAGAUGGGGCUGCAGGGCCAGAAUUAAGUAUUUUCAUUGUAAGAGCUCACUAG